AUGGAAGCAAGGCAUCGUAAUCUUGUAGAGGCAAGGCAGUAUGAGGAGCGCAAGCUGCCAAGCACACGCGAUAUCUACACCGGUUCUGACCAGACAUAUGCUGUGCAGAAGAUGCUGAUCAAGAAGAGGGAAAUGGCGAUUCCUGGUGUUGAGUAUAAGCGAAUUGGAGUACUGCUGGGGAUGAGUGCUUUGUGGAUGACUGAGGGAAAUAACUUUGUUAUAUGGCGAUACGAGAGCGGAGAAACCGAGGAGAUUGGCAGCUUUUCAUCUGAAGUGCUGGAAGCAAAGCUUUUUGUUCCACGUAGCGGUGUUUUUAACGAGAAGGUCUCACACUGCCUGUUUGUGGCAACAGAGGAGCAGGUAAUGAUGUAUGGGGUUGAGAAGGACACACAGUGCUUGGUGAACACAGAUUUUGCUGCAUCAACACCAAGUAAGACAACAUGUGUUGCAAUCAUGAGCGGCGAUGUGUUUAUUGGAUGCGAGAACGGAGGGGUAUACCAGGUGAUAUACAAGAGUAUGGACACAUGGUCUUUUAAGAUCAUGCAUGUAUAUGAUCCUGGGGCAUCGAUUCUGUCGAGCUUUAUUCCGAGUGUGUUGCGGAGGAAGAAGCCAGCAGUGCGGUCGAUGAGUGUUGGGAAGAGGUUUCUUGUGAGCCUUGGAAGAGAUGUGACGGUGUAUAAUAUUGAUGGCGGAAUGUAUAAGGUGGAAGAGAUUUCAAUGAGUAAGGAGUAUGUUGGAGUGCAGGUUAUUGAUGAGAGCGAUGAAAGGGUGUUUUUCUAUGCAGUGCAGAAGGAUGGCAGUAGGGAUUUCUACGACGGGAAGGUAGUGAUGACGAAGCGAAGCCCGAACAUUGGAGACAUGACGGAGAUCAAGGGAAUGAGGCUGUGCAUGUCUGAGGAGAGGCUGUGCAUGAUUAGGAAUGGAAGAUACGAUGGUAGUAUAGUUACGCUUAUUUCGAGAAAUGACGAUCAGGUGUGUAAUUUUGAUAGGCUAAAGAGCUCAGAGAGCUAUGAGGUGCUAGUGCUGAAGGAUGAGGUGGAUACUGGGGAGAUAGAUGGGAACAUUGUGUUUCUGAUUGGAGGAAGAAAGAUGCUGGUGUAUGAGGUUCAGCAGCUGGGGAAGUUUUUGCUGAGCUGCCGAUCUGAGGACAUUUUCAGUGUGUACAAGAGCUAUGGAGAAAGAGAGAUACUUGUGCUGUAUUAUGAGCUGCUUGGGAACAAUGAGGAUGUUGGAAGGCUGGAGUAUCUUUGCUUGAAGAAUGAGGAUGCACAGCUUUCUGCGCUGUUUGUGUAUCUGUACAGGCUGAUACGACCUGUUCUUGAGACGAGUUUUGAGGAGGUGGUGAGAGGAGACCUUGGAGUGUAUCUUGAGAAAGUGCAGAUCAAGAUGAAAAGCAUUCGAGGAAAGCUGAAGGCAAAGCACCUGAGGAGUGCUUGUGAUUUUAUUGAUGAGUUUCUGCAGACAUGUUUCUAUAUGAAUGUAUUGUAUGAGUAUUCGGUGAAUCUUGAUGGGAAGUCGUUGGGGCAUGUUAUUUUUGAGGAUAGUGGGGAGUUUAAGAAGAGGAGUCUUAAGGCGAUUCUUGAUUUGUUCAAGGUGAAUCAGAGUGUUGAGCCGCUUAUAAAAACGCUUAGCACGAGAUGCCCGCUUUUCUUGCCUAUUGAGGAGGUGUAUUACCAACGAGGGCUGGAGAUGCUGAACAAAAGGCCAUCCAGGGAGCUACUGUUUGAGUCACUAAACAAUCUUAAGAAUGUCCAGUACAACGAGAGUCUUGUUGAGAAGUACAACGAGUUUAAGUUCUACCAUGGAAGCACGGCGCUUAUCAAGGAGAAUUUCAGCUUUGAUUUUGAGUAUGGCGUAGAGGUGUUGAAGAAGAGUGUCCGGUGCAGCGGAGCAUUGAAUCUUGCAUUGGAGGAUCCUCGGGAGGAUUUUCUGUAUGCAUUGUUUGAGGCAUUACUUGAGGUUUUGAAGGCGGAUAAGUUUGGGCGAGAAUGCAGCUGCUGCAGUAAGCCUGGAAAGAUGGUGCUGAGUGAUGUAAUUAGGAUAUCAGUGCCGUUCUUGGAAAGGUUUUUGAAGGAGAAGUCGAUGGCAUCGAGCGAUCCUCAGAUAUAUGAGCUGCACUGGAAAUAUUGUGUGUAUAGGAACGAGAAGAUGAAGGGAGUGAGCUCGUUGCUUGAUCUUGCAGAUAACAAGCCGAUUCCAUUUGAAUCGAAGGUUGAUUUGUUGCGUGCUUCAUUGAGUGUGUCUGUGAACACUUCUGUGUUUAAUGAUGUGAAGAUGAGGUUGGAGCUUGCGGACAUUCAAGCAGAGGUUCUGAGGAGAGGAAGGAUUGACCCUGCGAUUACUAAUCGCUUGUUGUCUGCAGAUGAGCUGUUCAACGACUAUGCAUAUAAGCAUCCGGACCUUGCGCUCAGGAUAGUGGGAAUAUCAAACUAUACCGACAAGACGGUGAUCAAGGAGCUAUGGGAGGAAGGGAUGGGAGGAGACUUUGCAUCUGCAGAAAGGUUUCUUGGAAGUGUUAAAGCAUCAGGGCCGGCAAUGGACUGCCGCCUUGUUGGAGAUCUUCUGUGCUCUAGAAUGGUGCCUGGGAGUAAGAUUGGAAAGACCCUUGUGAGUGCAGGGUUUGGAUAUUCUGAGGUGGUGGGAUUUUUGGAGGAGAAGAUCAGAGGAGAGGGAAGCAACCAUCCGGACGUGAAGAGGAUGCUUCUGGAGGAUUUGAAGGAAUUUUCAAAUAGCGGGGAGAUCUAUCUUAAGGCUGAGGAGUACUGCCGCCGGAAUUACGGGAUUUAG